CCAAAAUAAACACGAAGAAGAAAAAUAUCGGCACCUCUUGUUAAGGGGAGACGGCUUGCCCGGUUAAAAUAUAACUUUACUUAUGAACAGCCGUCCUGAAUUCAAUAAUAACAUUAUUUUUUUAAAAUUGUAAAGUCGCUGAAGGAGGCCGGAAGUCGGACGUCGCUAAGUCGUCAAACCUGCUACGGCAGUUAAAGCCUGACAGAGAGAGAAGAUGCCAGCAGCAGAGUCAUGUGCUUCCAACAACGUUGUGGACAACAUCUGUAGGCUUUCUCCAGAUCUAUUGGCUGAAGCAUGUCAGCACAUUCUGACUUAUCUGCAAGGGCAGACAAGAGGAGUGGAUUCAGCUGAAAUUUGUGAUAGAUUUCAGAGCGCUGGGGUCAGACUUGACCAUGAAGCUCUUCAGGACAUCAUUAGGUUUCUUUUGCUGACAUUCAGGUCAGGUGGGAAAAGCAACAUCUCUGGGGAUGAACUUGUGUCGAAGCUGGAAGAAAGCAGCAAUAAAUGGUCCAAAGCUUCCCUUCAGGUGUUGCACAAGUUGUGGAGUGAACAUGGAGCAUUAGUCCACACUCAGCAGGACGUCCAGGCCGUGCUCAGCAUCGGCCAGUUAGUGGACAUGCAGUGGAAGCUGGGCAUGGCAGUGAGCUCAGACAGCUGCCGAUCUCUCAACUCUCCAUAUGUGACCUUACUGCUAAAGAUUGUCGAGCCCUCUGGACAGAUCUGUCAGAGGUCUUUUGAGAUGACCAUUCCACAGUUCCAGAACUUCCACAAGCAGUUCAAGGAGAUUGCAGCUGUCAUGGAGACGGUAUGAUGGUUGCAGGCACACUUCAGUGCUUAUCACAGUUACACCACAUCGAUACGGAGCCAACGGAAGAGCAGUUUGACACGUGUUUGUCUGCUGGCUGUCUCAAAAUGGAUGGCAAUUGCUGCAAAUAUUAACUCUCAGCUUUGUACUUGUAUUUUUCCACAGAUUGCAUAAGCUUCUAGAUGUUCCAGCUAGAAUUAAAACAGCUGAGAGAUAAACUGUCUUCAAUUUGUGUGCCAAGAUUUAACUGUACUUCCUCCUGUUAACAUAUCCAGGUAUGGAGAAUUUUUAGGGUUUACACAGGCUGUUUAGGCUGCAAAAUCCAACUAAUAUUCUUAAUUGUGCCACAUCUGUUGCAAAAUGUCUAUGAUAUGGUUUAGGUAAAUCACAGUUUAUACUAAAUUGCACUUUGCCAAUGCAUUUGUACUUUCAGACUGAAUGAGAAUGCAGGUCCACAGUGAGCACAUCUGUUGCUGUAUUUUUAUCUCUGCUCUGGGACUGUGAUUACCUUCCUCUAUACAACAUUAUCUACAUAGUUACUGAUAGUAUUUGAAAUUUGUGUUUACUCUGCGCCACAGCUUUUAGUGAGAAAAGCUUGUGAAGGAAAACGGUCCAUGUGAGCUUUUUAGGCUUUGUGUUUGCUUUUUUUGCUCAGUGGUAGAAAGUACCUGAAGUACAUUCAAUCAAAAGCUGUACUAGAAUAUUUUUUCAUGUACUUUAUGCAUAUUUAAAUUCCAUUUUAGGUCAUGUCUUACUUCUACUCCAUAACAAUCCAGAGGAUUAUAUUAUACUUUUCAUAUUGCUGCAUUUUAUUUAAACAACUAGAAUGACUGGUUAAUUUGUGCAUUUAAGGGUUUGCAUUUACAAAACCCCACAGAAUACAACACAUUGUCAGUGUUUUUGGUUUAUUACCCCUUACAAUAAAGCGAUAUGUAUUGUAAUUGUGGCUGCUUGACUUGUUAGUAGUUUUCACUUCUCAAAUGGUUUCAUUUAACCCUCAUGUCAUCCUGCGGGUCAAAAUUGACCUGGUUUAAAGUUUGAAAAUGUGGGGAAAAAAUAUAUUUUCACAGUGAAACUUCUGAUGUCCACAUUUUCAACAUUUUGGGAAAUCUUUGAACAUUUUUGGUGGAAAAAAGAAAUGUUAAAAUGUUUCUUAAGGAUAUUCACAAAAAAAUCAACCAAAAUCCAGCAAAUUUCACUGGAUUUUGGUUGAUUUUUAUGUGAAUGUUCUUAAAGAAAAUAUUAGAAAUUUUACUGAUAUAUAUGGAAUCACUGAAGAUAUUUUUAGGAUUUUUUUGGGGGGGAAGACUUUUACUCAUUUUUUGAAAAUAUUUACAGGAAUUUUCUUCCCAAAUUUGGGGGAUUAAAAAAAAAACUUUUAAGGAAUUACUGGAAUUUUCUUCCUGAAGGUUUUGCAAAUUUUCAGAAAUUGGGGGAAUGUUUUUUCUGACUUUUUGGAUUUUUUUCAGACAAGGAAACAAUAUUUUUUGGUGCCUGUAAAUGAGGACAGCAGGAGGGUUAAAGAACUGUUGAAGCUGCAGAGAGGUGAAAUGAUCUCCUAUUUACUCAUCUCACAACUCCUGAGAUUCAUCUGGUGAUCCUUUGGAGGAGAUCAAACACACAGUUUUGGAACCAGUUUACUACCUAACCAAAUCUCUACCUGCCUCUGAUGCAUGAGUUGUGUAAUGAGUUUGUAUUAUUUUUUUUGCAGACUAAAUACUUUUCCUUUUGAUAGUUGAAGUAAAUUAUGUUAUUCUGAA